UCUGGGUUAUAUUUAUUUGUCCCAAUUGUUUACAUUUCAAUACGAGUAGGAGUAUAUGUGUCGUAAGGAGCUUACGAGGUUAGGAGGUUACUUUUUCUUAUAAAUACCCCAUAGACAUAGGCAUAAUCGUAUAAGAGUAUGUAUGCAUAUAUCAUGUCAUUAGUGUUUCGAUGCAAUAUGAAAUCUACGAUUGCAUAAGCCUGCAUUUCAGGUCAAGUCGGUCCCCAUUUGAAAUGCACUCUUCGCGUUGACUGGAGUGGGAAAGCGCUGCCCAAAUAUCAUAGAAGACACCGCCGAUUCCCUAAUUUGAAUAGAUUUCCACAUUCUGCACCCUACAAAUUUGUAUAGUAUUUGAUCCAAUUAAAAAUCGAAGGUCAUAUUAACUGGAACAUGCCGGAAAAUGAAACGGAAUUCGGCCGAAGAAAUUUCCAAACCACCUGCCCCAUUUGAAACCAGAGACCCAUUUGCUGCAGUAUAAAUACGGCCCGCGAUGCAAUUUCGAGACAAAGGUAGCUAGACAGCCACGCAGCACACACUUCCAAUCUUCAAGCCUUCUGGUGCGCAGCCCUCAAACACUCGAUCAAAAUGCGCGCUUUUCUGAUGUUGUGCUUGGUGGCCAUCGCCCGCGGCCAGUACGACUACACGCCCGGAUCGCAUGCCGGAGAUGGCAACGGAGGACUUAUUGGGGUGUCCAGCAGUGGUGCUGCCCAGCUCUCCGAGCCCAUACUCAUUUCCAACGAGUUCAACAAGGAGUUCUUCUCCUACAGCGCCCCAGAGCAGGAGUACGAUAACCCGAACGCCAACGAGCAGAUUGCCAAUUCGCUAAAGAAGAACCUCCGAGUACUCUUCAUCAAGGGGCCCGAGAAUACGGGUCUCGAGCAGGCAGCACUCCAGUUAGCCACCUCGGCCUCCGACGACCGCACCGCCAUCUACGUGCUCAACAAGCAGGCUGACAUUGGGGAUCUGACCAACAAGCUCAACCAAAUCAAAGUGCAGACAAACCACAAGCCAGAGGUGCACUUUGUCAAGUAUCGCACUCAGAGCGACGCGGAGAAUGCUCAGCGGACUAUUCAGGCUCAGUACGACUCGCUGCCUGGCCCCUCUAGCAACCACAAUGCUGGCUCCUCGGCCCCGGUCCUGGACUUUGCCUCCAAGGGUGUUGUCGGCGGAAGCGUGGGAGGUUCUGUCGUCACGGGCAAUAUAAAUGCACCAUCGACUAGCGCGUAUUUGCCACCACCCAACCGAAGGUUUUAGACAUAAGAAAGUUUCCUCUAGAUGUAGAUUAUUAAUAAAAUAAAUUUAGAUAUGUACAAAG